AUGUCAGUUUCUGAGUCUCCUGUCCCGUGUGAAGACUCACAUGUUUCCACUGACGUCAAUAACAUAAAAGAAUGUAAGAAUUUAUGCUUGUUUUGUCCCUUGAUUGAGUGUUGUCAACCCUCCUAUAUAUCAAUCGUGUGCAGACGACUUACUAAAAUGGAAAUAUCAGGUUUCUGGCCGCAGAUGAUCUCCCAUGUCUGAUUCAUUAUCACAAUCCGAAAUCUAAAACAUCGCAUUGCCGAGUACUUGCCAUGUAACGCCCGAAUUACGAACGCUACUUGUCCAAGACCCGCCCAGUCACGAUGUCCCCUCCUUUUCUUAGAAAGAAUUAGCUGUGUUUUUUAAAAAAAUCUGUUUGCUUCGUGAAAGUAACGGCUUAUAAGCAGAGAUGUCGUUUUCGCAUGCAAUCACUGGCACGGGCUUUAAAUUGCACGUAGACAUCCGCCACAGUUGUGGUACUGUGUCAAACAUUUUUUAAAUUUAUCUUGGAAUACCCCUGAACGGAAUCCAGAAUGCACCUAUGGCCACAUGAAGGCCUUAAUCAUUUUUUGAUUUUUGCGACUGAUUGUCUCCUAUAUAGGCUGGCAAUUUACCCGGUCCAGAAUAAACGCUCCUGAGUUCAAUUCCCCUAGACGAAAAUGCGGCUUUCUCUCGGAAAAAAACCUAAUGAAUGUCAAUGAUCGUGAUCGUUGUAGCGGACUGUCUGUCGCUUGCAGAGGCCUUACACACUUAAUUUACGUAUGACCAGGCUACGUUCGGUCCUAACGCGUAGUCAUAAAUAAUUUUUUUGAGAUUACCAGUCGUUAUUUACCUGAAGCGUAUUUUUGAUUUGAUUCUUUUCUGUUGCUAGACUAAACGCCCUCCGCUCCUUGCACAUCCUAUAAAUUUCGGUCUGUCGUGCUCUUUUCAGUGCGUGCCAAACCCUUACCACAUGUGGUUGAGCACCAUUACCCGCCUUCUUCGUCCCCAGCCGUCGUUUGACCCACUGUCCAUAAAUUAUAAUUACCGGCGGCUAGUAUCUAAUUCCAAGUAAUGGGGAGGGGGAGUGGAGCAUUGCGUUGGUUGAUUUAUUGUAAAUCCGCGAAUCAUUACUAGAGUAACCCGCGACUCGUGCCUGCAGGGCUUGAGUCACUGAAUAUGAGGCUGCACAGCGACAUUUCUAUCUUCCCGCGUGCACUUUACUCUCUCUGACGAUUGCGGGAGCUGCGAGUCCAGCAAGACGGGCAUACAAAGCAUUUCUGCUGUGAUCGAACCUCUCCUUCCAUGUGCGACAAGGGAGCCUUAACCACAACGUCAUUGUGACCACAAUUCGUCCUUCUUCUUCUUCUUCUUCUUCUUCUUCUUCUUCUUCUUCUUCUUCUUCUUCUUCUUCUUCUUCUUCUUUCUUCUUCUUUCUUCUUCUUCUUCUUCUUUCUUUCUUCUUCUUCUUCUUCUUCUUCUUCUUCUUCUUCUUCUUUCUUCUUCUUUCUUCUUCUUCUUUCUUCUUCUUCUUUCUUCUUUCUUCUUUCUUCUUUCUUCUUCCUCUUCUUUCUUCUUUCUUCUUCUUUCUUCUUCUUUCUUCUUUCUUCUUCUUCUUUCUUCUUUCUUCUUCUUUCUUCUUCUUCUUCUUCUUCUUCUUCUUCUUCUUCUUUCUUCUUCGUUCUUCUUUCUUCUUCUUUCUUCUUCUGUCUUCUUCUCGUGGUGACGGGAUGCCAAAAUGUAGUGGUCAGGAGAGCUGUAGAUUCGAUUUAAAUUAGGCUUAUCCCUAUUUUUAGCUGCCAUUUUCCCAUCCUGAAAAGCCAAAUAUAGCGGUCGCAGUACAUUACGUUUUCAGUAAAUAUUGAGUAACCGACGCUAUUUUGAGCCUUUCUAAAUCUAUCGCCUCUGAAAUCACCGGGGUAGUCAUCACAUCCCGUGGAUCUACUCUGUUUCCCUCUUUAUUCGAGAGGCCACAUCGCUAACAUCCAGUUUAUCUUGAUGGCAUCUCCAGCCUUAACUCAUCUUCGAACUGGCUACCCAUUGCGUUCAACAAGGUGGAUUAUCUUCUUUGCUGAUUAUUUCACUUUCACUGAGCACAAAUUCACUGAUUCAACGAACCAUGGGAUACUGAGGGUGGUAUUAGAUGAUGGAAAACUCGCCAGUAAGUUCUCCUGCCUCCAGACAGAAUUGGGGAGUGUUAUUUGUCGAGUGUCCCCAGUUUUAAGCAUUCGUGACUUUCGCCAGAGGGACCUUCUUCGCAAGCCGCCAUCUGAACUUCUUUUGCCAUCUCGACCCACAGUCAUUUCGCAUCAUAUUAUUCGGAAUUUCCUGUAUUCCUCUUCAUAUAGACGUUGAUGACUAAGUUUACUUAGCGACCAACUUUUAACUGAUCUUCGUUGUAAGACAUUCUCAAACUAAUUUGACAUUUGACCAUAUCUCUGCUUUCUGCUAGUCGUUAAUACAUCCUACAGAAUAGGCCAAAUAAAACGCUCUUGUUCUAGCACCCGGACAGGGUUGAUGUUGGUGCGCUUUAGCGUGUUCACAUAAAUCUUUAGUAUCUACAGCACUAACUAUAAUUUCCUGACCAUAUUACUUCUGACUACCUCCCAUAUUCCCCACGUUUUAAUUGACCUCUUUACCACAUAAAUGUACUGGUCUGGUGAGAUUCUAUAAGAAACGAACGUCUUCUGGAACACUUAAAUGUUGAGUUAUGCUAUUACGAUCCACCUGGUCCUUCGCUUGCAAGUCUUCAAACUCUUCUUCUGGUUUUGUAGUUUCGAAUGAUCUUAAAUCUAUGAAAAAUGGGUCCCUAGAACUUCCAACCAAGGUUGAAAAUUUCAAGGCCUGGAGUUCGACUGCCCUGAAAUGCACAAAACAGGUGAUUGAGGAAAAGCUGGGCACCACGACGCCUACUCGCGAUCCUGAAAUCGAGGCCAAAGUUGGAGUUUUGAAGUAAGUCGGGCAUUAACUAUUUUACCCUUAUACUGUAACGCAUCUGUAACUUCAUCAGAAGCUGACAUGCCGCCCUGGUAGCACGGAUUAGUUUCGUCAACCAGUAUACUUCAUCAGGAUUGUGACGUGACGUAGGCGUCAGCAGCGCCCACAGUUUCCCUUAAUUCGACCUUUUAGGGGCUUGAAUUCUCGAUAAUGUCGUGUGUGUUUGAAGGCAGAACUUUUCUGCCUGUGAAGACUCGCAUCUCGGCUGCAUUACUGCGUUUACGCUUAGUUCGUUGGACUGUUAAUCGUGGUUGACAAGCCAAUGGUUUCUAUGGCGUUAAUUAUACAGAGCCCCAGUCCGCGGGGCUGGAUAAUUCAUUAGCUUUAUCGUUACCGAAUCGCAAUAACCUGUGUUGGGGGAUUCCACAGGCAUCUACUUCCUUUUUUCUCGUUGAACCUGCAAAAGUUGUGACCUUAUGUCCAUUACACGCAUUGCUGGUUCUUGUCUAAAUCACACCGACAAAAUCUGCAUAACGCUGGAUUUUUUAAGGAGAUGUAAUUUUAUUUUUCGGUUGUUGGGAGCAUGAUUUUAUGUUAACCUUCGAAGCGGUAUUCCAGAAAACUACCCAAGAGUGAUGUUAAGCAGUCCGUCCUGAUGAUAUUAUGGAAUUCAGGGCGUACUCGUUUUACCUUGGAUCUCCUGUCGCGCGUUGGCCAUGUUGAUUAGGCAUGGCUGGCUGUUGACGGUAAAUAAGUUCGAAAUGGGAGGUCUAGCCCCCGAUGCUUGUUUCAGUUGUACUUAUCGACUUGAAAGACCGUCAUGGCAUACUAGUCAUUGACAAUGACGUGCAGAUCCGCCACAGUGACAGAAAUGGUUCGGAUGCGCAACGGCCAAACAAAGUGGCAGAAAUCAGUGGUUUGCCUCUGUUUUAGUUUUUUUUUCAACUGGGUGAAUAUGCUCUCCAAAAAGCCGCGUUCCUCUGUUCCUUAACCGUAUAGCAUCAUGUUCUCUGGGUGGCUUUUGGCUCAGUGGAUUUCCAUAGACAGUUUUCCUAUUUCCCUCAAGUUGGGCUGGCUUUCAAAACCCUGGUGCAGGCAAUCUAGCCUCCCGCAGAUGUGUUCAACUCUGUCUUACUGGUCAUUGACAUCAACUGACGGUCAAAAGUCUUCCCAAUGCUCCUUCGUUCGUAAUGUUCACAGCCGCUCAUCAUCAUUACCAUUUCGAGGUUUGUGUUUUGGUCCACGAGGUUAAGUCCCUGUUUCAACGGAGUGGAGUUGCAAGUCAGGCUUGCGACUUUCGUAUGGCAACGACGUCUUAAUGAGGGACGUUGACCUCUUGCGCUCUGUCCUUUUACGAAUUUGCGUUAUUUUCUUUAGUUCCUCAACUUCUUACAAAUCAGUCAGGCCGCCGCAUGGAUCCACGACAGAAAAUUGUCUGUUAUAGUUGUGACGUUGUGUGAGUAUUACAAGUGUAGUCAGUGCAAAAACAAGGGAAGUACCGAAGUUUGGGUAGUUGGCAUAAGCGGUCACAAAAUCGUUGUGAGAGCGAGACUACAGUCGUUGUCCCUCGGCUCUGAUUAGAUGUUCGAUUCAGAGGCAUAUGAGCCAGCAUGAGUACCUCACCCCUGUCAUUCUUGACUCGGACGGAAUCCCCCGUCCUCCCCGUCCGCUCUUAACGGCCUCUUCAUAUGGCCUUUAUGGAAUUCCUUCACUCCGUUCAAAUCCGAGUUUAAUUAAGUCUGGUCCAUAUGCAUGUACGGUCCAGUGCCUGUGUGAUACCUGUGGACACAGCUUCCAUCUCGUCAGUCACUGCAUCCACACCCAUUUUCACUCAUCUUGCCUUUCAAAGACGUUGUGUGAGAAGAGUCUGUGCAAGUUAUCAGUGCACCACCGAGAUAGCGGCGGUGGUGGCGCUCGCCACUUGCGAUUGACAGGCUAGCAUAAUUUGGCUGCUCCAGUGCAGUUAAGUGGGCUUAAAGAGCAUGAAUACCCCCGUGUAUGCAAAUCACAACGAAUCAGGCCUCUAGUUUGGCAACACGCCUACGUUCGGGAAAGACCGCGUAAAACUAUGCGAGCUUUUAAAACGAUGAGACGUCACAAAGAGUGAUAUUUCGAGAUGAUUUAUGCUCCUGAAUCGAUUUUCUGCCCGACACGACUCCCAACUAUCAGCACGGGGGAACUCGACUUCCUCUAACACAACUCCGUAAUACGACGCGAAUUGUAGUUUGACCCAUUACCUCACCAUCUGCCUUUCGGCGUCGCCUUGAGCCAACAGUGCUCGACGCGACGGGCGACCGUCAGACGUCGGUAAUGUGUGAUCUAACGUGUGAGGGACAUCAACUGACCUCCUCCUGUCUGCUUACAACGGUUGUCUGUGGAACAACUGGCCUCACAUCUCUCCUUCGUUUAUCUCAUAACUUCGCCUCGAUCCUGCAAUGCUUUCCGCACUAUCUUUCUUUAAACACCUGCAUCGUACACUGCGGUUUAAAAAAUAUCACCUAACGCGGUAGACACGCAUCAGGCAUUCGCAGCGUUGAAGGACAAUGAAAUGAUAUUUAUGGCUAACUAUAAUUGCCUAUAGUGUUUCGUUGCAGAACAGGUGGUGACAGGCUUCUCCACUUUGUCAGUGACCACGCCACUUAAGUCGUGAAGUGCCGCUAAAAACGCCAUUGAUGGCUCCUGCUUAUCAGACGUCUACUUUCCGAUCUGCACAAGAGUACUUUUCGGUGUUAAGUGGUGUACUUUGUGGUAUGGCAAAAAGUUCAGACAUUAGUGCAGACUGUGUGAGCCGCCUCUAUCACAGUAGGCGAUAGUUCCUCCGCCGGAGGUCACGAAUUUUCUGGCAAAUGGUUUAACCUACGCGCGAUCUGGAUUCUAGUGGGGCAGACAUGCGCUGUAUCGGUCUUAUCUUCGCCCUCCUGGCCCACUUUGUUCCACAUGGCAAAAGGGACUUCCAUACGGCUCGAGAUGUCCCUGGGUGCCGUGGUGGAUCGGGCAUUCGCUGCCGUCCCAUGUGUCACACGUCUGCUCGCCUGUCGACCAACACAGAUCAGAUCUCAUUCGCUUAAACAUCCUAUCAAUAAGAGUCGCCAUAAGGCCACAGUUCUAACGGUCAGACUUUCAGCUUAUGAGAUUGCGUUAUCGCAUCGAGCCACGUCCUUCAUAGGGGCGCGAUAAUAAAGAAAUGCCUCCCUUAAUCGGUCCCGCUCACCGUGCUUUGUCAAACCGACUGGAAACGCCCUUAUGCGCAGUGACCGACCCGGCGUUCACCGUCGUUUUCCGUGCUGGACCCUUAGCUGAUGCGUAGCAGACUGCACCGGAUCAGCGUUGCAUAAGAACCAUCCUUCCAAUGAAGUAUACUGACACUACCCCGGAGGAAUCAGCCGGAGCUCACCAUGGUAGUUCGUCCAUCGCAUCCGACGGUGCCCACCGUGUGCUCCACAAGACGAGGGAGACACAGCGACUUGCGCGUGAAUUAGUUUAUAGUGGGAGUAUACUUGCGCAGUAUCUGCCGCACUCCUUCCGACCUGCACCCGGUGUCAAGACAGAGUUAAGAAGGCCGGAGGCAGGGAGGACGCAAGUGAGUGGCGCGGCUGAACCUGUACCCUGGCGCUCCACUCUACAUCCCCUGGCCCACAGCAAACACUUGACCAGGAUUUUGAUCAAUAAGAACAACAGAAAAGACGCUGAUGACUGGGCAGCCAUGCACAUGACCUGCCUACUCAGCGGGAGUGCAAGCGCGUCUACCGCCAGAGAACCAGGUACCUGAGAACUGCCAGCGCAGACCAGACUGCAAGGGCCAUGGUUUGCUGGUCAUGGUAUAGCAUAGCAGCGCAGCAGAGCGAAGGCAUUUCAAGCCAUCCAAGAAAGAAAUCCGAGGGGUUUGGGCACUUUCUUCGUCAUCGCCGCUACCGCCCCUUUAUCCAGUCCCGCCACUCACCUGCAGAAAUGGAGGGGGAGGUCAGCUCAAAACCCGGCACAGUCUGUCAAGAUAUGGAGAUGAUUGCCAGUCCUCCGGUAAUCGGCAUCCGUCGCUGGAUAAGAGAGUGAGCCUCGGUUUCCGGAUCCGCUGACGCAGAUCGUCAUGCAUAUAAGGUACGAUCCGCGAUAUAUUAGAGGCUUGUCAGAUCAGACAGGGUUACAGCCCCACUGACUACAAGUGCUGUGUUAGUGGUGGUCGUCAUUUUAGUCGAUUACCAAACUAUCCCAGUUUCCCAUAUGCAGCUGUGGUUCCGUUGCAUUGUAUUGCAUUUUUUUCGGUGUUAAAAAAUACGCGGCAAAAACUGGCCGCCUACUCACCUCAGACGCCUGCGGUCAUGUUUUCGUGAGCCCUUUCUUUUUUACAAAUUGACGUGGUUGAUUCUUUUCUGUAGACUAAAAAUGACUCGCAGUCGUUACCACUAUGAGCUUUUGCACUGUAGGUACGUGUUUCGUUACCCAAUCACUUCGGCCUCUCUGUCUGAAGCACAAUUCCUGUGGUGUCUCCGUGCGAUUAGCAGACAUACCUGACCAUUAUGUUGUUAUUCGAAGCACAACCCGGGAGACCGUCUACUUUGUUACUUCCCCGCUCCUCUGUCCGAUCCCUACACGAAAUUGCGCACAUUUUGCCGAAGCAGCGUCAGUUUCUGCAUUGCUAGCGAUUUCGAAUUUCUCCCACCCCGUGAUACUGCUGCUCUGUGGUUUUAUCUGAUGACUCAUCAGCUAGCCUUUCGUUCCGAUUUACAUACAAACUCGCCAUCUUAUCUCCGUCUUUUGCUUCGCGUUGCAUUUCCGCUCGUUUCUUCGUCGAGUGACAAAAAGUGCGAUGCACCCUAGCAUGCCUUCGUCCUGAAGUGUUUUCUCUCCCUGUACCUGGGUCGUAUUUAUACUUGAACCAGUGUCCCAGGCUGAGUCCGGGAUGGUAAAAAUAAUCGAGUGGGUUUAGCUCUGCCGCCUGGACUGCAGACAGGACAGAGCGCUGUCACACAUGUUUUUUCUUCUACACGAUUCGGCGGCAUCUUUCGGUUAGUUGACAUUUCUCGCUGAGGUCGUUGGUUCGGAACGUUUAACUAACCAUCACUGGCAUCGAAAUGCGUUCUCUUCUGCCUUAUUGGCUUAAAACAGCCAAUCAACUACCAGGAAAGCACCCUCCAGGCUGACUGAUGGACGGGCGCUGGUAAGACCCCAGUUUUAUGGUGCUAUUGACUCAUCGAUUUGCCACCAUCUGCUAGCUAUGUGCUCAAUGUGACCGUUAUGACACUUCAACUUUGAUGGAAUCCGAGCUAUCCCUUUUUGUGAAAACCUGACGCAUUUGAGGGGGAACAGGUCGUCUGUACCACACAGGUGUCCGAGCCCGCCUGUGGUCGUCCUGACUCUUGCCACCGGGCCCAUGUACGUGAGGGAGGAGGGUGUGCGUCAGAUGCUGCGCAAGUCCGCUCCAUGUGCAAGUUACUGUCCUGCCCCACGCUAUAGGGCACACGGUGAACCUCAUCGUUUGCGGUGUUUUAACUGUCAGCGCAACUUUCUCAGCCGAUGCAUACGCAAACGAGACUAGGGGUUAAAUCGCUCCGACUCCAAGUUUUGGUGGACACUUCUGUCUUAAAGGAUCUCUCGGCGGUCGUCAGCCGCCUCCUCGCACCACUUGAAGCUGGAGUUGCACACACACCGGAGGCAAUCAUCAGACGCCAGGUAAUGAGACCAAAAUACCCACUGCCCCUGCGAAAAAUGUCUGGAGUUGUUUAUUGGGUCUGGUACAGCUGUGGGUAGAGCAACUAUGUUGGAGGAACUGGAAGACUACUCCGCUCGCAGAUGGCUAUACGCGCGGCAGGAGGUCGGAGAAAGGACACCAGCUCCUCAGUCGCGGCUCAUUCGGCGAGAACCGGCCACAUUUAAGUCCGACGAGGCCGAAAUUCUCUAGAAAGGUGACAAUGACAUGGUCCGCAGGCUGCCUUAGUCAUCGCUCACUGUCCCCUCCCCUGCGUGUUGGAACUUCGCGUGGGCAGAGAAAUUGGGCACACGAGGAGCGCGCAGGCGAACACGGUCACAUCGCCCGUGUCGGUGACCCAGAUGGCGGCGUAGUCGUCACACCAACAUCCAGCACGGUUGAUUAAACUGCAACGAUUAACAACUUGAAUGCCGACAACCAAGCGAUCCUCGCAUCAGGGACAGCCGUCCUCAAUGAAGAGGGAGCCUUUAAUUUUCAUAGGUAUGCGGCAGCGUAGUCACUGCAUCCCGUACAUACUUUAACCCCCUUGUGUAUGAAUUACCCGUAUCUGAUGCUGGCAGGUUUUGAUGGGCUCAGGAAUGAAUCUGAAACGUCGGGCAGAUAUAGCUGUUGUACCAGCGGUCGCAUCUACUUUCUGCACCCCGGCACUCGCAUUUUCGCUAGUACGCGAAAAGUGUUUGCUUACUUUGAUUUAAUACUCAGUCGCAUACGUUGGUCGGUGGCGUUACUGACUGAAGAGCGAAUCUAGCAAUCCAAGGGUAGUUGCUGUGCCUGUUUCCGUUAUCCUAUAUUAAUUUCUAUCUGAAACACCUGUCGUCUGGGCUGCCUGUGUAGUAUAUGAUUUUUUUCAAACAAAAGCCACUGCUUCUAGCAUGGAAAAGUUGCAACUGAGGGGCCUACCACUAUCCAAUUCAUGAUUGGUUCGCACAUAGAGCAGCUGGACCCCCGGGUUAAACUGCUUGUUUUAAGCAAAGUGCUUAUUAAAUGGGGUGUCCAGCACGGGGUGUUUCUGAGUCUGAGCCUGUGAAACUCCAGUCUGAAUGAGUUACUCGAAGUAAGCGCAUUAUUUUCUGUGGUGAUUGAAAGACCGAAAAUCUUAAACUGGAGUGUCUACUAAAAAGUACGCGGUGACGCUGGGAGACCCCCUAGUGAGCCGCAUCCCUCGCAGCUGUGUCAGGCAGCGGCAGCAUAUGGGCGCAACAUGUGUUUGGGUCUUUAGGCAAUGUGGUAAAUCCUACGACAUGUGUUUCCGAGUCACUUCUUUCUAAAACUUAAUUUGACGGCUACUCUCGUACCUACGUGGUGACUGGUAUAUCAUGAAGGGUCCAUGAGGCAUCUUCCGAAACCACCAAAACCCCCUUGCCGUGCAUAGACUCGGGUAUCAGUGUCCUCUCUGCUCUGCUUGGACGAGAUGUAUUAAGUCGAUAAGUGUCACUGACAAGGAACCCGACUCCCCUUUUUCGCUCUUUGUUUAUACAUCCUACCCUUUCCCCCUCCAAUAACAGACAAGUUCAGGCGCAGUACAAGGAGAUCCUGCUUACUGCGCGCCAGAUGUCCCGUCAGAUAACGGCCCUCUCCGAACUGCAGAAACGCUUCUCCUUUCAGCUCUCUUCCGCGGGUCAGCAACAACCGGAGCUUGAAAAUGAGUUUUCCUUCAACGCUGAGGCCCAGCGUCUGGUAUCCCUCAACUCGGCUAACCUUGUCUGUAAGUCUGACAGUUACUGCGAGGAUGACCUUUAUUUGCACAGUCUGUGCGUCUUUAAUCGUCGCAAAGUUUUGCUGCAUCUUCGAGCAACUCGCCACGACCGCCUCCAACCAGAUGCACUCAGCCACAACCUCUCCUACUGUAGUAGCCAGCAUCUACCGAGAGAGAGAGAACGGCGUAGAUGUCGUAGCCAGUCUAGGCCAGUGUGGGUCGUUUUUCUAUUACGCUUGGCGUGAAUCAUAGUAGAAUUCGCCAGCCACCUGGACCGCUCCAGAAGGUCUGUUUAGGGGAGCACUGUCUACCACAUCUGCGGGAGCUGGCAAAGUUACGCCUGUAUAUAAUUGCGAUAUUUACGCCGUCUCCCCAGUGAGUUGUAGUUCCAUUACGCGAUUCCCAUGGCCUGACGUGGGUCACCGUCCAACGUCUCCCACAUUUAUUUAUUUACGAGGAACCAAAACAGACCGAGUAACGCAUGUAAGGUGCCGGUGUAAUCCCAGUUUCUCCCACCGCGACUGCAGCAAUGCCGGUUUUUGGGUGGGGGGAGGGGAAGGGAGGGUAUGCACGCGCAGUUCGCCCUGGUAAACUCCGGUUUUCUUAGACUGCUAGCUCGUGAGACGAAUGGAAAGUGGUUGUAGCAAUCACAGUGUGUGUUCCUGCCGUCGAAGCCACAGAAACGCAUGAAGUCUGCAUUUGCUGGCACCAAAGAUGCAGGAAAUAGGCUAGUCACAGGAUUUCACAUUAAUUCAUUCGCGGAGUUAACUUGGAUACCUUUUUUUCGACGUCCUCUUAGCUUUAUUUCCAGAAAAUGGAAAGUGUUUUUUUUUCUCAAUUCAGUUUUAUACUCAGGGAGCUAGACAAAGAUAAGCCAUCUCAUGAAUUGUUGGAAAAAUUUAUGCAGAAAAAUUGCCACCCCACCCCACCCCACACCCCGCUAAGUUUUUUUAACAUUGAAGAGACGACCAUUCUGUAAGAGAAGGAGCUGCUGAUUUCAUUCAUUAUUCCUUACUAGCCAAGAAGCAUUUUGCUUUAAAAUUAAAAGCCACAAUUUCAGAAAAUGGUUUUGAUACAAGUCACUGAGCUAAGGCAUAAAGGGAGAUGUAUCAAAAAGAGAGAAAACAGUGAAAGACAAUAAACAAUGUAAAAUAAAAGUACUUUUGUGAUUGUGAUUUUGCAUGCAAUAUACUGUUACGUCUGCCAGACUGUCAGAUUGUCUCUGUUAGCUUGUUCUACAUAACCAAUGGGCACAAAAGCCGGCUCUAAUUGCGUGGAUGGGUUCCUUCUUGCUUUUUACCAGUAUAUUUUGGUAAGUCGGAAGUGUUUACAUUGCGGUUGAAUUCUAUGCUGUAGACAGGCAGUAAAAUUGUUCGUAGACCGCGGAAGGGAGGGCUGGUUGUUAUCUUUAAAAAAACUAUAUAGUAGUAGUAGUAAGCGUCAUUAGAAUCAUGCCUCUUUUACCAGGUCAACAGAAACAUUGUCCUGCAAGCCCACGGCAUUCCUUCGGUGUUUAUGGAUGCCGUUGUAGUCCGAGGCACUCAGCACGAUGUCUAUGAAUACUUCUUUUGUUUUUGCCCGUUUUUGGUAACCAGCUUGGUUACUCUUCGGAUUUAGUGGCCAUCCGGACCACCAGGCGUCGAACAUUCUCGAAAGUUAUGUUCUUGUGGGAGGUUCUUCCAACCUAUAACAACCUCUACCGUCUACGUGGAAUUGCCUACAAAUAAGACUUCAUCGCAGAAGUAAAUGCCCGUUCAGAUUAAACAACGGUGUUCAAUAUACUCCUUUGCACAUAAGAAACGCUCUCUAAUCGGUUUCCUGCUUAAAAACAUCACUGUCGCGGCCUUGUGCAUUUCCUUUUUUAUGCUCAGAGGGAGCACACACAAAUGGCCUCAGUUAAUAACUUUAGAGAGCGUAUAAUGGCACUUUAUAGUGUUUCACAAAUAACGUCGUCGUCUUGCCGCCCUGGGGACCGUUUGAUCCGUCUUAGUCAUUUCUAGGCACGAGUCUAUGGUUAUUAGUCCGCUACAGAGUAGGCUUACAAUAUUGAACACUUUCACUAACAACUCGGGUAGCAGGCUAUCUGCUGCUAAUUUUCUGUAUCUGUUCAAAGUCUGCGGCUGACGGAAAGUGUUUCAACAUAUUUAUCGCACGGCAUGAUUGAAAAAAGUGUCAGCAUAUUGCGAAUACCCCCUAUGUGUUUGUUUACACCUUGUACAGUGACUGACCGACCUCAUGAAAUAUUGGCUGAAAUUCUGAAACGCUUUUUCGAUUUAUUGCGGCAUAAUUCUAUGGUAUUUCGGAUUUGGCAGGACGUCAGCUUUUGAAUGCACUACUUUGAAAUCUCCCGUAGAAACCGUAUUCCAUAAGAAACAACUACAUAAGAAGCAUGCAUUUUUCACAUUGACUUUCGAUGGUCUUCCAAAUUCAAAUAUAUUUUAUAGAAAUCACGAACAAAAAUGUGCUUUAUUUUAGUCGUUUGAUAGAGAAUCACGUCGUCUUUAUAUUGUGUGCUCGGAGAAGGGGUAUAAUUAGGUUUUGAAAAAAGUUUGUAAUUAUGAGAUUUUUCAUGACCGUGCAAUGUCCAUUCAUACAGCACCGUACCUGUCUGUUUACCACUGCCCCUCAUGAAACGUACAACAUCCAGUGCAAAAUUAUAUGGAUCCUAUAUAGUGUCUUUUUAAAGGCGUAGAAGAAUACGUGAUUUUCUUUACGGAGAACAUAUUUACCCUGAGCGCUAAUGCAACGGCUCAUCAGGCUCUAAAUUAUUCAGGAAUUAGAAAACUUUUUAAAACCUUAUUAUACUCCCUUUUCGAGCAUAAAAUAUAAAGAUGAUGUGAUUCUCUAUCAAACGACUGAAAGAAAGCAUAUUUUUGUUCGGGGUUUCUAUAAAAUAUAUUUGAAUUUUCAAGGCCAUCGAAAAUCAUUGUAAAAAUGCAUGCUAUUUAAGUAGUCUCUUUUUACCGAGUACGGUUCCUACAGAAGAUUAAAAUGUAAAGCAUUCAAAAGCUGACAUUCUGCCAAGUCCGAAAUAUAUAAGGGUUGUGUCCCAUGAUAAUGAAUGUUUCAUUUCCACUUAAGUAAACCUUCCUAAUCAAAAACACAUUUCAGAAUUUCAGCCAACAUUUCAUGAGAUCGGUCACUCACUGUAAAUCCCUGGGCGGUAAGACAAGAUAUUGUCUAGCAAUCCUAUUACUGCGUUGUACGUCACAAAAUAGCACAAGUUUGCAAUUCAAAAUUGUUGAAGCUGAACCUACUCUUAGUUUCCUGGGAAGAAUGCGAUUUUUCGCAUUAUGUGUUCUCAGGUUUUCUCGGACACGAAAUCCAAUUUUUCAGUGUCGGAGGGCACUUGAUGUAAACGUUUCUCGCCUAUAUUAAUGCCCUCUCUCAGCAAAAAUACGACCGAGUUUGUGGCCCUGGCCCGUGACAUUCGGCCCAGAAUAUAAGGAAAGGUCAGAUUUUACCAACAUGUCCUGCCUUUCCCUAAUGAAGCAUCUUUAGAGCACAGUCUCCUCUAGGAAGGGGCUUUUCAAGCCCUGCAGGGGAUACAUUCGCUUGCCGUAUUUCUGCUCUCGCUUGUCACAUCACGCACAAAAUGUGAGCACUGCUUUUCUCCGGCUUUUUUGUUCAAAAGAAGGGACACCUUUUUGCUUCAGCUUCUCUCCAGAUCUUGCACUGAGUGCGCAGGCAAGUUUUUGUAUUCUGAGUGCCUUAGUGGGCGAGGGCAUGUUUUGGAGCAGCCACGCCAUUUAUUUCCCUAAAAUAAUUUUUGAUAUUUCCUCAUGUUCCUAUGAAAAGGGCCCUUAUCAUGCUAAUUGUCUCUCUAGUCAACCGCGUUAAUAGAGUUGUUGAUAUCAGCCUACACAAAUGACCGGAAUACUAGCUUCAAUAAAUUGCAGCCCCAUUUUCCUGCGAAGUUAGUGUAUGAACCGCAACUGCUAAGUAUUCUUCAUAGAAAAUGUGAUUGAAUUUUAACGGGGAUCAAAAAUCGUUGGGAAUAAUGCCCACUGGUUUUCGUCUACGAGCACAUUUUUUGGGAUUUCAGUAAAUGUUGUUGUCUAAUUUCCCAAUUCAGAAUCAUGUAAAACAAAUUUGGAAGUUUGGAAAAUUCAAUUUUAUGGAUUCUGUGUGCAUCGAACGCCUCAGAAUGUGUAGAUUGCCCCGUUUUAGAAAAUGUUUGGGUCGAGUCAUGAAUGGAUCUGCGAAAGGGAUGCCAGGUGACCGCUGGGCGCAAUGUUCUCAAUGACUCCAAAACAUUUCUAAACGCCCAACCUACACAAUUGAAAGCCUGUACUUACAGUAGAGUUUCCCACAAGGGGGAAAUGUUUGCUGUCAGCAGUUAGAAGAGCUGGACGAGCAGUUGUGUCAAAACGUAUAUUCUGAUCACUUAAAGAAGUCCAAUCUUGUCUUAUUGCGUUGAACGGCUAUCUGUUUACUGAGUGAUAUCAGAUCAGUGAGCUUAGAUAGCAGGGAGUAGUUCCACCGCUGCGAUCGAUGGCGCCGACCUCUGCCUCACGGGGUGGGGGAGCGGGAGCGGCUUGCAUGUCAGUUCGCUUGUAGUGAAAAAGGCUUUUUCUGCAUCUUCCUCACCCUCUCCUCUCGCACCCACUGCGCCCCGAUAGCGAGACAAAGUCCAGACGGCCCAAAGCGGGAGUGGUCGUAAUGGCUGAUGAAGGAAAUCGGUCCGUCUGCGCGUACCACACACGGUCUAUUCGCUACCGAAGGUGGUCCACGCGGUAUAUGCGCUGGACCAACACAGGCGGGCUAGCUCGGAAUCCGGCGGGCGCUAUCGAGAAUGCCAACAUUUGGAGUAUGGUGACAGGCCCAGUCGCCUUUUCAAGGCGCGCCAUUUGAGAUCCUUGCCGCUCCUCUGUUUGUAUUUCGGUUUAAAAUCCUGGUCAGUGUAUGUUAUGGACCACAAGGUGUGGUGGUACGCCUAGGAGCGGGUUUCCGCCGUGCCAGCCACCUGAGACCCCUCUUGCCUUCGACCUUCUUGACUUGGUCGUGUUACCGGAUCCGGGUGGGGGAGGAAAGGCUGUCGUAGACGCUGCGCAGAUCUACUAUCGCGGCAAACCAAUUCACGCGCAAGUCACCGUGCCUGCUCUCACUCUGCUGUGGACCUCGUCGACAACGACGGUCGAACUGUCGAACUAUUCUCUGCCAGAUAUUAGGUAUGAUUUCGUUCGCCAGACUUCCUAUAUCUGCCCUCAGAUCAGUAGUCUGUCCAUAUUACUUGGCGAAGACCACUCGUACCUAGAAGCGGCGCUGACAUGAGCGUGAAUUUGGAUUUUAUUGUGGAGACUUUCGCGGCAUCAACCUCACUCUACCUCCUCGAACCCAUUAUGCUCCACUGAUAGGAGUAAUAAUAAUAAUAGUCUUAUUCAUACUGAUCGAUGUGUCAUACUGUCGGCAUGGAUAAUCCAGACAGUUGUUUGGCCAAUUCUGUACUGCUGCAUGACGCAGCUGCGGGAGGUUUCGCCCAUCAGUGGGUCUCCCAGCGUCCCCCAUACGCCUUCUGAUACAUACCCCAGUCUUUGAGGUUAGUUCUUGUUAACAUCCACAGAAUGAAUGGCAGUUCUACUCAAGAACAAAAAACGGAAAACGGAGAUCAAGUGAACAUGAAUUGGGGGAUAACAGGAAUGUCUGUCAGGAGAUAGGCUCAGUUCUAGGCCGAGUCUGGAGAGGUUUUGCAAAGGAAUUUACUCCGAAUUUUCACAUUUAUUUCUGAUGAAGUUAAUUACCGCCUAGUCUUAUUAUUAAGCGUCCAGAGGCUGCCACCAAUGCAACUUGAAUAUUGACCAGGUCAAGACGGCUGGAGAUGGUCAUGUUGCAGCCACUACCCAGGAAUAUAUUCACUUUAUUCGUGAUCCUUUUGGCCUACUCCGCAACUCGUGCGGAGUUGGCCUAUUUCAUCCGGAUCUCACCUCCAUGAAAGUUGUCAUAAGGCCUUAUUAAGUAAAAUCUCUCGUAACUUGACUCUCAGUUCCCAGCACCGAUUUAUUCCGUUAGUUGGCAACCCUGCAAGCCACCACUUUUUGGCACUGUGGUACCUCAAAAAGCUGCAGAUCUGCACCUCCCCCGGUUGCCAGCUCUGAGACUAAUUUAAGCCGAUUGCAGGUGGAGUCGCAUGUUCUGACGGAUUUGCCUCUUGCAUGCCGUACGUGCCGCCAACGCACUACCAAGUACGCCAGCCACACCCCUUACGUGAUAAUUCCUCAGAUAAACUCGGUUACUGCGCUAUUUGGAGGCAGCCUAUAUACGGCGGGAGAAACUCGACCUGUGCAAACAGUUAGACCAUGUGGUCAACCUCAGCCUGCCCUGGUAGAUCUGCGCCCCUUUUUAUUUGCGAUAUCCUUCGGCGUAUUAACUUCCCCGUUUUCUUUCCUAGGUUGCGUUUUGAAGUUACCAUCUUAUUGACUAGUCUACGUGCAGUAUACGAUGACCUUGCUGUUUUAUAUUGAUUUUCUCUGUGAAAGUUCAAACCUCUGUACCUUUCUCACUUGUUAGCUGUGUUAUGCAACGAAAGGCUGCAGUUGGUAAGCCGUCGCGAAAUCUAUUGGGCUCCAAUAAAUUCUGCUGUCUAUGCCUGCUUUAAAUGCAGGAAGUUUUUGGAUUCCUGAACGCCUGACUUUUGCAUCGGUGGAAUAACUACGUUUGGGCGUCUUUCGGGCCUCGCUAGUAAUUCACUUGAGUCAUUUUACAUUCGAUAUGAACGCAUUCGCAUAUAACUGAUGUAAACUUUAUCAAACUAUCUAAACUCAGUAGCAUGCGGAAGCCGUUUUAGAUGUCUAUGAACUGUACAACUCACAAGUAAUCUCACUGAUGUGAAGAUUGCACGGUUAUUUUACCGAAGCGCAUAAUGAUUGUAUCGAAGUUUUACAUGAAAUUCAGAGCCUAACCUAAGCAGUCGAGUUCCGGCGUGUACACUGCUCUCUCAGACUGAUUAAUAAAUCGGCAGUUCAUACAAAGCCAUGCAACAUUUUGACAAUGUGUGUUUGAAUAUAUCCCUGCCUACAUCGCAGCUCAUUUCUUCUUACUUUACUCACUGCUGCAGAACGCACGAGGUUUAUUAAAAAGUAUCAUACGAAUGGAGACGAAAUUUCGAGUUCCAGGCGUAUGUAUAAUUAGAGAAGAAGGCGGGUCGGGCACCGGAACAGUCUGUUUACUGUUUAUAGUGUAUCGUACAACUGGAAAGACUGUUUCUGGCUUAUUUGCCGUCUUCGGCCGGCGACACCCUUAUCCCAUACGGCCAUUGCUACUGAUAUGAUGCAAGUAGUUAAUACCGAGUUGCUUGAUCGAUACCUCCCUGCAGCCGAAGUCAGCCCUUCGACUCAGCAUAUGCGCGGAAGGUUGCGUAUAGUAGAUUUACAACUUUUCUUCCCCGUAAACUUGCAUUCCUGAUUUCACAAAAGUUGUUUAAAUCCGCACUUGUCACCCAGCUAGGUCUUAUGUUUGCUUUGUAAUUCGAAGCAGUCUGAUCCGUGCUUGUCAGCUGACUAGAUCCAGUACUCGUCUCUACCAUCUGGGUUCCCUACCUCUUCCUCCGGCAGCUGCGCUAGAUGUCUUCUGUGGUGGUCUGGAGACCUUCUGCAACCGCACAGUGCCCGACACCCUCGCCACCAUCCGCAACCUUGAGCAGUCUCGCAUCGUCUAUGACGCUUAUCGGGGCGAUAUGGAACGUCUGCACAUACCUCAGGAUCCCCCCACAACCUCGCCGGGCAGUGCUGAGACGGUGAAAGACCAACGACCACCACCACAACAACAACAACAGCAGCAUCGGCAGGAACAGCAGCAACAUCAAAUACGCAAAAAGUUUGAAGACAGCCGAGAGAAGUACUGUGAAGUCAGGGCAGCUGUAGACGUGAAGAUAAAUAUGCUACACGAGAACCGAGUAAGUGUCCUUCCAGCUUGUGCUGUUCCCACUUACUGCCGACUCUACCAGGUGCCUAUGACAUCAUCACCUCGUCAUAAUCGCAGCUAGUAUCCGUGAGGGCCUUAGGGACUGCGCGGGGCGUAUUGUCGUUUUCAGACUGCUUAUUCUUUGCGGUGUGGUAUUCGAGCGCUGUUGAGUCGCCUGCAUUGUUACUGCUAAAGUCGCCGCGCCAAAACUCGUGGAACGACACUGUUUAUGAAGUUAUUCUUCCUUGAGCACGUACGUUUCCUGAAUGAUUAGAUUGGGGUUCUUUACCGCUUUGAACGGCCGUUCUAGAAAGUAGAUUGUCGAACAACAAACUGGCUUUCCAUUGUAAGCUGAACGAGGGAACCUGGGGCUAUUUUACUACUUCUUUUUUAGAGCGCACACGUUCUAGAAGUGUUUUCCGAAUCCUUUGAUACCUCGACGUAACUUUGUCCUUCCAUGGCAACUGACGAGAACCACCGGUUACCCUUACGUAAGUAGAAUACAACGGACGAAGACAAGUGGGGACUGGAGUAGCCGUUUCUGGAUUACCAGCUUUCAUCAGCCGGCCAUACUCAGCCCCAGGUCUUUUGUAACGCCUGAGGUCUAAACCCGCGACUUGUUGGUUGGAAGUUCGAAGUCCUAAUCAUUGAGCCACAACGGGAAGAAACCGUUAGGCUGCAUUAAACUGCUAACCAACAGCAUGCGGCUUUAGAGCCCCAGGGGUCGCAAAGAAUCGGAGGUCCAUAGUGACCGGCUGAUGACGGCUAGUGAUCCAGAAACGGUCAUUUCAGCCCACUUUGCCUUGUCGGCAGUGGUAUUCUGCUGACGGAACUUCAGAUUGAGCCCCAGGGCACAGUGUGAUGAGUAUGUUCGAUAACGCGAUUGCUGAGCGCCCCUCUGCCACAUAACGAAAUUUUUUCCGAGUGGAGCAGACUUGCGAAGCCUCCAUUUCACCCUUUACGCGCCCACUGUGUUCGUAUGAUAUGGCAAACCAAGAAGACUGGAAAUGGGCGCAGGAGCAGUAGGUGACGAGGUGGAAACCACACACACCAGCUGGGUUCUAGCGCCACGCAAAUCAGUCUUCUAUGUAAGGGCUCUUAGAAAUGACAUUGAUCGUACUGACUGGAAUGACACGGAGCCUGCGUCUAACGUGCGCACACACCUGCAACACAUCUGCCAUACUUACCGAUCUGAGCAAAAUUAGUCGUAUGGCUGUUUUAUGUCUGACGUACUGUGCUCUUGUGGUUGUCGCCAUGUACGCAUUCGUGUGCAUAUGAACUAACCGUCCCCUGCAUUGCAUGAAUGCACGAGCAGGUGAAGCUCCAAUCAGUUCGCCAUGGGCAUGCGAAUGCCAUAAUAGACCAGUAGUGUUGUUUUUUGCUUGCAAACAUCUCUUCGCAUGACGUAGCCCAUCAAACGUCAUGUGCUGGUGGUGAGUUUGCGGUAGAGAGAAGUAGCGUGAGUGAACCCAGCUUUCGCAGAGGCCACCUCGUAUGCAUUAUGCCUCAAACCGGACCCAGAGGCGCCUCCAGAGCAGGCGAGCUGGUGUGGUCUGUCCGUUGUUUAAGAGACAUCAGCUGUCUGAGUGUUUCGCGGUGAAUUAGUGGGUGGGGUAGUAGUGUGGACAUUGCGUUGGAUUUGGAGGUGUCCGAUCAGGUCAAUCCUUGCCAUGAGCGUGAUUUGACAGUUUAUUGACUGAAUUUAGGCGUUGUCGACAUCGUUCUGCCUGUUGUCUUCGGCUUGUUUCAAAGGUAAUCUCCCACUUUUUUGCGUCCGAUCGCCAUAUCAACGAGGAUUCUUGCCAGACAUGCGUUAACCUCUUCGUGCAUAUGAACCAGGCAUCAUUAGGAGUUAUGACCCUUUACUCAAAGAGGGUUGCCAGGGGCCAUAACAACCAGACCGUCGGUCCGGAGAAGUAACGCGUUACUCCAUCAAUGACAGCCUUCCGAACUACGAUUUCUAGCUCCUUGUGGCAUCCCAAAAACCGCUCAGCUUAAUCAUAACGGAAAAGGUAUGCACUGGAUCGACCUUCCUCUUUAUUCUCCCGCCAGUGCUAAGCCGAAGUUAAACCGACUAUCGGGGUAUUUUGAUGUAGUCGAUUACUUGACGUAAAGCCGCUGUCCAACGAGUGCCACAUGUAUCUAUGGCUUCCGUUCAGGUCAGGUGCGCAAGUCUAACACAGCCCAUUAUUGAGGUCUCGCUGCACUGCAUGCCAUUCCAGUGAGCGCCGAACCUCGUUAACUGUAUCUUCAAAUGCCAAGGGUCGACCGUCGUUGCCGACGAGGUCCACCGUGUGCUCCACAGCAGGGUGAUAGCAGGGACGGUGACUUGCGCGUGGACUAGUCUGCAGUGAUAGUGCACUCACGCAACAUAUACCACACUUUCUCCCUCCCCUCCCCCACGCGGGUCCGGUGUCAAGACAGAGUCAAAUGAGGCCCGGAGGCAGGUGGCCGACACGGCGUAAACCCACUCCUAGGCAUACUAUAACACUUCCUGGUCCAAAACAUGCUACUACAACAUAAAUAGGGGGACGGCAGGGAUUCCAAUUGACGCGGAAUGAAUUGUCAACUGGGCCUGCCACCGCACUCCGAAAGUUGGCGUUUGUUAUUGGCGCGCAUCUCCGAUGACGCCUGCCAGACUUCGACUUAGCUCCUCUGUGUUACUCUACCGCAUCUACCGCGUGUUCCGUUUUAGGGGGCGAAGAAUUCCAAACACUGACGUGAAACACCACUAUAAUACCGGACCACUUGAACAUAAGCGACCUCCAAUUCAUGCCAGUUCUUUGAUUCUUACUAAAUAUCCCGCCACUACCAGUAUUGAUCAGACUCGAAGGGAAUAUCUUCUCAAGCAAUGUACACUCAUCGAUCGAUUUUCACAGCUUCCAUUAAUAUAUUUGUAUCCCGUAGAAGGGAUGCCCCCAUUCUCAUUUGGCGUGGAAUUUUGUAAUUCUUGAAUGGAGGGAAUAUUUUGAGCUGAAAAACACAUAACUUCGAGACUUAUUUAAACGCCUGCGUGAGUGUUCAUGUAGCCUCGUAUACAGGGGUUCAUUGAUGCUGUUUACAAAGUCUACAGUUUCUUGCUGAACCAGCAAAUAACAACCAUGUACAGUGAGUGACCGAUCUCAUGAAAUGUUGGCCGAAAUUCUGAAAUGCGUUUUCGAUUGGGAAGGACUACUUAGACGCGGUUGUAAUACUGAUUAUCUUGCGACAUAAUCCUAUAAUAUUUCAGACUCGGUAGGAUGUCAGCUUUGAAUUCACGGCUUUUCAAUCUCCUGUAGAAACCGUACUCGGUAAAAAAAUGACUACAGAUGUAGCAUCCAUUUUUCUCAUUGAUUUUCGAUGGUCUUACAAAUUCAAAUAUAUUUUUUAGAAACCAUGAACAAAAAUAUUCUUUCUUUCGCGCUUUUGAUGCAAAAUCACGUCGACUUUAUAUUUUCUACUCGAAGAAGGAGUAUAAUUAGGUUUUGAAAAAGUUUCUUAUUAUGAAAUUUUUAAGAACGCGCAAUGUUCAUCCAUGCAGCAUCGUAGAACAUAGAAGCAUAGAAGAAUAUUUGAUUUCCUUCACGCGGAGCGCAUGCACCUUGUCGAUUGAAAUCACUAAGCGCUAAUGCAACGAGCGAUCAAGCUCGAAAUUGUUUGGGAAUUAGAAAACAUUUUUAAAACCUGAUUAUAGGCCUUCCUCGAGCAUAAACUACAAAGAUGACGCUAUUAUCUAUUCAAUGAGUGAAAGAAAGAAUAUUUUUGUCCUGGUUUCUAUAAAGUAUAUUUGAAUUUGCAAGACCAUUGAAAACCAAUGAGAAAAAUGCAUGCUACAUCUGUAGUCAUUUUUUUACCGAGUACGGUUUCUACAGAAGAUUGAAAAACACUGAAUUCAAAAGCUGACAUCCUGCCGAGUCUGAAAUAUUAUAGGAUUAUGUCGCAAGAUAAUCAGUAUUACAGCCGCACCUACGUAGUCCUUCCUAAUAGAAAACGCAUUUCAGAAUUUCGGCCAACAUUUCAUGAGAUCGUUCACUCACUAUACAUGAAAUACCCCUUCCUAGAACCUGCCUCAUUUAUACAACAGGUAUCUAACUUGCUCGAAAAGCCCGUUUUUGAUUGACAAUCUUCCCAACUACUCAAGUUAAUCACACUUUGGAAGUUUGCCAUCGUUUCCUGGGCCUGUAGCUGUCUGCAUAUAUUUACUGACAUAUAGGCAGAAUGAAAUUACCGACAAAGACAAGGGAGACUGGAAUGGCCAUUUCUGGCUUAUUAGCCGUCGUCAGCCAGUCAUAGCCAACCCAGUCUCCCUUGUCUUUGUCGGUAAUGUCAUUCUGCCUAUAUAUCAUGCGUCGCUGUGCGGCUGCUGGUUGGGCUCGAGAGAGAGCCCUUAAGGCAAAACGGAACGAGUGAGUUCUGUAUGAACGAUCGGUGAGCGCCCCCUACCAUUUAAUGACAUUGCCUGCAGACCACACACACAACUCCCUCUUUCCUUACCACUUUUAUGCCGAAUCACGUCUUCCUGAAGGAUAACAGACAAAGGAGGGGGGAGUAAUGUCUUUACAGGUCUUGCAUACCCUAUCAACAUCCACAGAUUUGUUAGGGAUUUUUGCAGAGUGCGCAGUUUUAUUCAGGCCUACUUCUAUACUUUACGGAAAAGAAAUGGGAAAUUAUGCCCAGAGAAAGUGCAUGUCAUGCAGUUUAGCAACCAGCGAGAGGGCAAGCUACUGAACUUGUACUGGCAGCCUUUUCUAUACGUUUUUCCGAAUAGCAUAUCAGCCGAAAGCCAGCAUCGUACUGUGUAUGACAUUGACUGGGGCUUGGGUUGCAUACCAAUCAGUAUUGCAACCUCGAAAAAGUGGUUCCUUGGCGAGUUUCCGUGGUCACUGUACACUGAGUUUGUCGAAGCACUGUUAUUUGAGCACACCAAAGACACCUACGCUGGACGUAACUUGACCGACACUUUAUCCUGCGGCUUUCUUCGUCUUAUGGAUAUGGUUUUGGUACAAUUUAAUCAUAUAGGACAAUCCCACCCCUGGGUGAGGCGUAUGUAGGUGCGUUUCAGCUUGUAAAACCUCAACAUUUACGCACCGCGUUUCGCGACUGUUUUGAAUAAAGGCCCCUACCACUCUGCGGUCGAUGUUUUAUCAGUUAGCCUUUUGGGAGGAUCAAAUUGUCAGCCGCUUUAUGCGACAGUUGCCUUGGUAAGUAAUUAACAUAGACGGUAAAGUAUCACACCGAAUCAGGUGCCUACCAUGCCUUCUGAGGGACUGAAGGUGUAACGUGUAUCUAAGAAUGCACGCUUUUUAGAUUUUAUCAUUUAUGAUUAUGUUUGCUUUGGAGUAGAGCCGCGUGUACUUUGAGGAGACGCAGUAAACCUUCUGUACGCAAAUUUCUCACGACACACUAUCAGUCAUGGCUGGAAGGUUGCAAACUGACGGCGUAAUUCUGUCCUACCCAGGGCUGAGGUACUGGUUGCAAUGCCUCCUUCUCUGUGUAACCUUUCGGGCACUAAUUUGCGUGAGUUGCGAAUCCUCUCCCCCCCUCCCUCCCCUCCCAAAUGGAACCUGCCACAUGUGUGGUUAGGGGCCACGCCGUGUGUGGACACUCGUAGACGGUCUGUUCGUCCCCAUGCCCACCUCGGGCCAUGUCAUCGUCUUUCUAUGGGAGAGUGUUCACUUAUGGAAGGUGGUGUGGAGUGGAUGUCGGAAAAGUUUCCUUGACUAUAAGCCAACCCCGCGUGCAACUCACCACUAACUUUCUAACUGUCGUAUUUUCAUCUAAAAAUUACCAUGUUCAUUAUCGAAUGUGCUUGUCUUCUUCUCCUUCUGCUUCUUCUCCUCCCUCUCUUCUUCUUCCACCCUCUACUGCCGACCUUGUAGGUUGUGUUUGCAUUUUCAAUAUUGUGCACACAGUAGCCUUGCAGGGCUGGAGUUCCUUCACUACUUCUUAAACUGCAAUCCUGCCAACUAACUAUUUGACAAGAGACUUUUUCUAUUACGACCUAGUUUAAUCUUCCUCUUAGUGUCUAUAAAUCAGCAGAAUUUUAUGGGCUCGUCAUCCUCUCUCUCUCUCUCUUUUUCUCCCUCUCUUGCCACUCACCCCCAAUAUAGACACGUGUGAUGAAAAAACAGUUGCAGAUCCUGCACAGUGCCACGGCUGCACACUUCGCCGGAACCGCCAGCGACCUGAAGGAUGCCUUCGCACGUCUCCCCAGCAUGAAAAACGCUGUUGCCCGUGGUGGACAACCGCCUGUUCCGCCCCCCUCAUCCUUCCCCGACACCACCCCUCCAUCCCCGCACCCGGAAACUCCCACUUCCUGCUCUCCGCGCUACUUUUCUGUCGACCCGAACGCCGAAUCUAAGGCCUCCGGAGACGUCUUUCAGGAAUGA